GCGGGUUUUGGUAUUCACAAGACAAUUGGAAAUGUUCUCUACAUUGUUAGUUCUGCUCUCAGUGGCAACUUUAGGUUGCGCAUUGCACUUGCCGGUUGACCCAGAAUUUCUAUUGAAAAAAGGACCAAUAAACAAUCGCAUCGUUGGAGGAGAGGACACACCGAUAGAGACAAUACCUUGGCAAGUGUCGCUGCAAAGACUAGGAUCGCAUGCUUGUGGUGGUGUUAUUUACAGCAAAAACAUCAUAAUAACAGCCGCCCACUGUGUUUACAAAAAAAAUCCAAGGAUUUUUGUGCGCGUUGGCAGUAGUACAUCUAAAAAUGGUGGAUCGGUAAUUAAAGUUGCCAAGAUUACCGUGCAUGAUCGUUAUGUAAAUAUAAAUAACGAAAAAACGGAAUAUGAUAUCGCCCUGCUUUUGUUAAGUUCGCCCCUCGAAAUGGGUCCAACUGUCAAGGCCAUUCCACUAGCAGAGUCAGUUCCUCAUGACGGAGCUGCUGUGCUUGUAUCUGGAUGGGGAUAUACGGAAACUGAAGAGUCUCCGCUCCAUCUGAAAAGUGUCUACGUGAACAUUGUAAAUCGCGAGGAGUGCGCUAGAGCUUACAAUACAGAAAUUAUAAAAGCAACAAUCUGUGCUGCUUCCCCUUGGAAAGGUGCGUGCAAUGGAGAUUCUGGAGGACCAUUGACUUACAAUGGUAAACUUGUGGGCAUUGUUGCUUUUGGGCCUGGAAUGUGCGGUACACCCGGUAAACCCGUUAUCUAUACAGAUGUAGUGGAGCUUCGAAAAUGGAUCGAGGAGGAGGCCAAAGUACUAAGCUCAGCCUGAGAUAUUUUUAAAUUCAAUUGCAAAAAUAAACAUGAUGAUGAACAUUAAA